UUAUCAAAUAAUCAACUAUCAUUUGCCGUGUCUCUGUUUCUCCGUACAAUAUUCAUAAUACUGAAAUCAUCAUUUAGGUAUAUUAUUAAUAUAUUGUUAAGCGCGAUAGUCGUGAUACUAUUAGUAUUGUCACAGUCCACAGAACACAAUUUUUUACACUUAUGGCAUUGUUGAUAAAAUCCGCCAUUAAUUGCUGUCGCCUGACCGCUCGACCUAAACAUUUGAUCGUUUCACAGUUAAACGCCGCCGCGUUCAGUGCUCGUUCGUCUUACUCCACCAAAUCCGCCGCCAUGCUCGAACACGAAGUCGUUCCUGACGUGAUUGCCGUUGCGCCCAGCGACAAAAUUGAAGUGUCAUAUCCAAGUGGAGUGAUUGUUAAUAUGGGUAAUGAACUUACACCUACUCAAGUAAAAGAUGAGCCGUCUGUAAGCUGGCCUGCUGAUCCAAAUGCUUUGUAUACUCUUUGUAUGACAGAUCCUGAUGCCCCAAGUCGUAAGGAACACACGUUUAGAGAAUGGCAUCAUUGGCUAGUUGGAAAUAUUCCUGGUAAUGAUAUUACUAAGGGUGAAACACUUUCUGAAUAUGUAGGCUCUGGACCACCACCCGAGACUGGACUUCACCGUUAUGUAUUUUUAGCUUAUAAACAACCAUCAAAGUUGAAUUUUGAUGAACCCCGUUUAACUAACAGAUCAGCGGAAAAGCGUGAAAAAUUUUCUAUUGCUAAAUUUGCGCUUAAAUACAAUUUGGGAAAUCCAGUUGCCGGAAAUUUCUAUCAAGCUCAAUAUGAUGAUUAUGUGCCAUUAUUAUACAAGCAGCUUGGCGCCUAAGUUAAUAUUUACAAAUAUAUUUUUAGUGAUCACUGCUCAUGUGCAUAAUCAAAUAUUAUUAAAUAUUAAAAUUUAAAACAAUAAUAAUAUUAAUUAUAUUUUUAAUACUCAAACAAAAUUUGUUUUUUUAAUAAUUACAAGUGAU